GGUCGCUGGGACGCAGAGGGAGAGACUGGUCAGACAUGUGGCAGAGUUUCACCAUGUGGCUGCGCAUCGCCUGUCUCCUUCUGGGGUUAUCCUACUCCACUCCUGCCUCAGUGUUCCAGGGACGGGACCAGGCCCACAGCCUCCUGGACAGGGCCAAGCGGGCCAACUCGGGCUGGCUGGAGGAGAUGAAGGCCGGGAACCUGGAGCGGGAGUGUCUGGAGGAGGUCUGCUCAUACGAGGAGGCUCGGGAGGUGUUUGAGCACGACCAGGCGACGAAUGAGUUCUGGAAACUCUACAAUGUUGCAGACUACUGUCAUUCCAGUCCAUGUCAGAACAAUGGAACGUGUUCCAAUCAACCAUCGUCCUAUGGCUGCCUCUGCCCCCUGGGGUUCAGCGGGCGGAACUGCGAGUUAGAGUUCAAGCUUGUUCCAGACACCUGUCUGCACGAGAAUGGAGGGUGUGAACACUUCUGUGAGGAGGGAGGAGGGUCGCGGAACUGUUCCUGUGCGGCAGGGUAUGUCCUGGCUGCGGACGGGCAGCGCUGUCUGGCUGAAGAAAUGUACCCCUGUGGGACGGUCCCUGUCUUGCAGGGGAUCCUCUCAGAGAAGAGGAACUUGCCCGAUGACCCUCGGUCAAGGAUCGUGGGGGGAACCGAAUGCCCCAAGGGCCACUGUCCCUGGCAGGUUCUGCUGGUGUAUGGACAAAAGGGAUUCUGUGGAGGUGUAAUCUACACAGCCACCUGGAUCCUCACUGCCACCCACUGUCUGGAGAACAUAGAUGUCCGCCACCUCAAGGUGGUCGCAGGUGAGCACAACCUGGACGUGGAGGAGGGCUCAGAGCAGACCGUCCAGGUGGUGGAGAUGGUGCCGCACCCGGCCUACGUGGUGAAGACGGCGGACAACGACAUCGCGCUGCUGCGCCUGGCGGAGCCCAUUCGCUUCUCGCCGUACGCCGUGCCCGCCUGCCUGCCCCGGCGGGCGCUGGCGGAGCAGGAGCUGUGGGCGGUCCACCUCCACACCGUCAGCGGCUGGGGGAGGCGCAGCGAGCUGGGGCCCACCUCCCGGAUCCUCCGUAAGCUGGACGUCCCGCGCAUCCGCACGCAGGACUGCGUGGAGAACAGCGGCGUGACUGUCACCGCUAACAUGUUCUGCGCCGGCUACAUCGAGGGCAAGCAGGACUCAUGCAAGGGCGACAGUGGGGGCCCUCUGGUCACCAGGUACAGGCAAACCUGGUUCCUGUUGGGCAUCGUCAGCUGGGGCAAGGGCUGCGCUCGGCCAGGGAAUUAUGGGAUAUAUACACGCGUGUCAAACUACCUGGACUGGAUUCAUGAGCACACUGCCAAACAGGCUGUCAAUGGCACCGAGACAAAAAUAUAAUCUUAUAAAAAUGCAACAAACCUGCAAAUGUUUUACUGAACUUUCUGCAUCAUUUUAUUUAUACCUCUUUAAUACUUGGUCAUGUAAUUUAUCUCUGGCAUUCUACAUACAUCCACUAAGCUGAAAAGGGAUACCAAGAUGCCACACACAAGUAAUAAUAUAAUUGGUGCUUUGAGCAAUUAGAAAAGGCUCUAAAUGAAAUUAAAUCCGAAGAAAUAGUAUAAAUUCCAUUUACAGCCAUACUUUCAACAGAUUUUUGUCAAAAGGGACCUAUAGAAGUUAAAUCCAUAUCAGUAAGUAAUUUUGAGCAAAAUUAGCUAAGUUAAUUUGCAUCAGGUGAUACACAGUGGCCAAGUUGAGGAAACUGUGUAUGAGAAUGCCCCUCUAAUGUCUGCACACGGAUAAACAUUUAUCUGAGCUUUUGAAAAUAAGUCUGUAGAGGUUUAAUGUACACUGCACAGGACAACAGAUAGCUUUACGUUUUACACACACCAAGUCAUCUGACUGGGCAGUGAAAAAGGAAAGACAUACAGAUUAUAUGGCAUAAACAAUCAUGCCUUUAGCUCUCUACAUACUGUACGUGAUAAGAAAGCUCCAUUUACCCAUGCCAUUAUGAAUCUAUUUGUAUAAACAUAGAGGUGAUUAAAUGAACAGUACAUAUAAAAAUGUGCAAGUGUAUGUUUUUUUGCCAGUCUUUGGAGAAACAUUUACACACUGGAUACUGAGCACAGGGGUCUCCUGUCCUGUAUGUUCCAUUUCCUGUGACGAAUACGAAGAGAAGGUCCUGGCAUCCUGCUGAGGAACAUGACCACAUCCAGGCUGUGUCUGAAACAGCUUACUUGCCUACUAUUGAGUUACUUGCCUACUUGGACAAGUAAGCCAUUUCAGAUUUCAGUUUUAUUUCAUUUCAGUGUUAGGGAGGCAGAGAAGUACUGCCACCACUGUUACAGCGGAAAUUGAUAGAGGUCCGCCGUCUUUAAUGACCUUCCAUGACAUACAGGAAGGAGCGAUGUGCAAAACUGACACUUGAAAGAGCAAGGACGUUCCAUUUGUCUAAUAAAUCUUCACUUGAUUCCUCUG